ACAAAAGAACCCCCUCGUCUUGAGAUAACUAUCUCCAUAUCUCCAUGCCUCAUGUGUUGUUUUGUGUUGUGUUGUGGGCUUCCUUGAGGAACCACGCGCACAACGUCAAUAGUGACCCAUUGCGUCGGUGAAUAGUUACAGAAGUCGUCGAAGCUGCUCAUCAAUACCCAGAUUCUCUAGAGACUAUCACUUGGCGCAUUGCCCAAGUGAGUCAGGUCCAUGCCCCCAAAUAGACUAUCACCUCGUAAAACGCGUCGGUGGCUGGUCUACCGGGGCUUUCCUUCGACAAUGCUUCUUCUCAUCAAACAAGAAGGAAUUGGAAACACGAAUAACACAUUGCAGUACCAACUCGUGCGCAAAUACAGCAGGAUCACGGCUAUGACGGGACGGCGACCUCUAGAAAAGAGAAGCCAUCUCCACUGCCCAGGGCCCUGCAAGUGGACGGAUACAUCCAUCAACCCCAAAGCCGCGCGGCCGCAAAAUAAACUCGCAGUCAGUCUCAGGGACAGACCCCCCUUUGCAUUUUGGGACCAACGGCCGCUCAGCGCCGUCGUAUGCACAAGCACAAACUGUUGCACCGGCGGAUUCAAGAUGGCCAGCGUCUUUUUUCUUCAAUGGAUGCGGUUAACUGAAGCAUUGAAAUGAGACCGAUACAACUUUCAGGGACCACGGGCUGUAGACGACCACCACGCCAUUGAUUACGUUCCGGUACCGUUCCAACGCCUCGAGUCGCGAGUACCGGUACCCAGAAGGGCAAUGGAUGAACCGCCCAAAAACGCAAAACGCUCUGGACCAACCUUGUCGUCAGCUAGAUCACAUCCAAUCCAAUCCACUCUGACGAGACUUGCAUGGCCGAGCCCAGGCAGGCUUGUGAGUGGCUGCACUAGGCAAACCUAAGCCUCAGCGGCAUAAACUUGUGGGGAUUGAUCUUGUUUCCGUGUUAUCUGCGUCGAUCAAGCCGUGGCAAGAGUCUCUUGAGGAGAGGCCAAGAGGGUCUCGGAAUCGCGAGAUAAAGCCAUUGAAGAUGGUGUUGACGACAGGAACCAAACGUCAUUGCUGGUAUCUUAUUUGGGGGUCGAUUUACAGCGUUGAAAUUUGCGUGUUGAUGAAUGAAACUCAUAGUCAACUCUAUUCGCAACAGCAGUAGACCGCUCCAACUUUGUUCAUACCUUAUUGAGAGUCUAGUCUAAUGCACUGGCUGAAGUGUGACCCAGGCUGCAGCAACGUAGACAAGCAUAAGAUAAACCAAACACUAAUAGAGAUGCUAUAAUCUGUAUCGUUUGUGAGAACAAGCAGGGUCCAAAAUCAAAAUGGUCAGAUG